AUGAUGGAAGACGACGGGCAGCCCCGGACUCUAUACGUAGGUAACCUCUCCAGAGAUGUGACAGAAGUCCUUAUACUUCAGUUAUUCAGUCAGAUUGGACCCUGUAAAAGCUGUAAAAUAAUAACAGAGCAUACAACCAAUGACCCAUAUUGCUUUGUGGAAUUUUAUGAACACAGAGAUGCAGCUGCUGCAUUAGCUGCUAUGAAUGGGAGAAAAAUUUUGGGAAAGGAGGUCAAAGGAAACUGGGCAACAACACCAAGUAGCCAGAAAAAAGAUACUUCCAAUCACUUCCAUGUGUUUGUUGGGGAUUUGAGUCCAGAAAUUACAACAGAAGAUAUCAAAUCAGCAUUUACCCCGUUUGGUAAAAUAUCGGAUGCCGCAGUUAAAGACAUGGCAACUGGAAAAUCCAAAGGCCAUGGUUUUGUAUCUUUUUAUAACAAACUGGAUACAGAAAAUGCAAUUGUGCAUAUGGGAGGUCAGUGGUUGGGUGGUCGUCAGAUCAGAACCAACUGGGCCACAAGUAAACCACCUGCACCUAAAAGUACACAAGAAAAUAACACUAAACCGUUGAGAUUUGAAGAUGUAGUAAACCAGUCAAGUCCAAAAAAUUGUAGUGUGUACUGUGGAGGAAUUGCCUCUGGGUUAACAGAUCAGCUUAUGAGACAGACUUUCUCACCAUUUGGACAAAUUAUGGAAAUAAGAGUUUUUCCAAAGAAAGACUAUUCAUUUGUCAGAUUUUCAACCCAUGAAAGUGCUGCCCAUGCCAUUGUUUCGGUGAAUGGCACUACAAUUGAAGGACAUGUUGUUAAAUGCUAUUGGGGUAAAGAAUCUCCUGGUAUGACUAAAAACUUCCAACAGGUCGACUAUAGUCAGUGGGGGCAGUGGAGCCAAGUUUAUGGAAACCCACAACAGUAUGGACAGUAUAUGGCAAAUGGGUGGCAAGUACCACCAUAUGGAGUAUACGGGCAGCCAUGGAACCAACAAGGAUUUGGAGUAGAUCAAUCACCUUCUGCUGCUUGGAUGGGUGGAUUUGGUGCUCAGCCUCCCCAAGGACAAACUCCUCCCUCUGUAAUACCUCCUCCUAACCAAGCUGGAUAUGGUAUGGCAAGUUACCAAACAUGGUGAGCUGGGACUCUAAACAAAAUUGUAAUUCAUGAUAGCUUCAGUUUCCUGUGACACUCUGAAGACAUGAAAGUAGACAUCGGAAAAUGAAAAUAUUUAUUUUAAAAAUUGAAAUGUUUGGAACCUUUAGCACAGCUUUGCUUUGGUGAAGGACACAUGUCUUCUAGUUCUGCCUUUUUAAGUUUUUGUU